AUGUCCUCCGAAUACAACUACGACCAGAAUAGCGAAUUCUUCCCGUUCUUCGUCCUGACCAUUACCUCCCUUAUCACAUUACCUCUCACAUACACCCUCUUGAACGCACCGUCAGACCAAUCAGGCGCGAACAAAGGCCACCAGAUCACGGCCGACUACACCCCCGACAAUGCGGACAUCAUCGACACACAACGCGCGAAGCAGAAGCGCAAAGAGUUGAGGCUGAAGCGCAUGCUCACGGCCGCUGCAGGAUGGCUGGUGAUAGGAUAUAUGGUCUACCUCAUGGCUGUGACGACCCGCACUUCCGCUGCGCCAUGGGAUCCUUGGAGUGUGCUGGACCUCUCCAUGUCUGCUAGUGAGAAGGAGAUCAACAGCCGCUACAGGAAGCUAUCCAGGACGAUGCAUCCGGACAAGAGGCAGCCAAACCCUGCGCUGAACGAGACGCAAGAGUCGGUCAACGACGACUAUGGCAACAUUGUGAAGGCGUACAAGACGCUUACGGAUGAAGAUAUUCGGAACAACUGGAUUCAGUUUGGACACCCAGAUGGAAGGCAGAGCACGAGCUUUGGCAUUGCGCUGCCUCAGUUGCUCGUUGCGGAAGGAAGUGGAAAAUAUGUGCUUGUCUUUUACGGAGCGCUUCUGGGUGUGGGCUUGCCAUGGCUGGUCGGGAAGUGGUGGUACGGAAUGCAGCAGCGUACGAAGGAGAAAGUGUACGUCACAAGCGCGGGCAACAUGUUCCGAGAGUUCAACGAGCGCAUGGACUCGGGAGAUGUGGCCGCAGCUGUGAGUAGUGCGAACGAGUUCAAGGACAUCUUCGACGGGGCGCAUGCAGACACCGGGCUCGGAAAGUUAGAAGGCAAGCUGAAGGCUGCGGAUGAUCUUGCGAUCGGCAUGUCGGCGAAGGACAGGAAGAAGCUGGAUGAGAUCGAAGACCCUGCUCGUAGGAAGACGCUCGCUCUUGUCUGGGCCUACCUUGCUCGCCUGAAGUUGGACGAUCAGACGCUGGAAGUUGGAAAGUACGAAGUCGCACCCACCACUCUGCGGAUGACGGAAGCCUUCCUGUCGAUUGCGCUGGCUUAUGGCUUCACCGCGCCCGUGUUCUCCGCCUUCCACCUCAGCCAGGAUCUGGUCCAGGCUAUUCCGCCAUCAUCAGCUCGACUGCCGCUCAUGCAAUUACCACAUUUCACCCCGAACGUGGUAAAGUCUAUCGAGCAAUCGACUGGCAAGAAGGAACAUCUAUCGAUCCAGUCAUUCAUGGCACUGCCAGCCGAACAACGACGUACACUAGCCGCUGCUGCAGGUUUAAGCUCCAACAACCUAGGCACUGCGGAACAAGUCGCUCGACAACUGCCUCUGAUGAAGGUGGAGAAGGCUUUCUUCAAAGUGCAGGGCGAGAAGUACAUCAUCCCAUCCUCGCUGGUGCAGUUCGUCGUCAAAGCACGCUUCAUCCCGCCUGGCAGCACAAACGUGCCACCUCUCAACGAGAAGGACCUCCUCGACAUCGAUCCCGCAGAUGGCGAUCUCGCGGCACAGAAGCAGGAGCCAGAACAACACCCCAUCCCUCUGGCGUAUGCGCCUUAUCUGCCACGCGACCGCGCGCCACGAUGGCACAUCUUCCUUGCCGAUAACCGGCAACAGAAGAUUGCGGUGCCACCAUUUACAUUCGGAAUGUUCGACAAGAAGGCGUUCGAUGAUCAAGGCAAGCCGACCUUUGAUGUGGUGACUCUGAAGAUGCAGUUCCAAGCACCACCGCAGGCGGGAGAGUACCGGUUCCAGAUGCACGUCAUUUGCGAUUCGUAUGUUGGCUUUGAUCACAAGGAGGAGGCGGUGAUGAAGGUAGAGGACGCCAGUAAGGCAUUGGAGGUGGACGACGAUGACGACAUCAGUGAGCCUGAGGAAGAUACCAUCGCCGGCCAGAUGGCCGCUAUGAAGGGCCAAACAACCGCUGAUCCCGACAAGCCGAAGCGCAAGCGGGAGCCGAAGCCGAAAGUCGAGGAGGAGAGCGACUAUGAAUCUGGCACGGAUGAGGACGAGGACAGCGAGAGUGAGACGGACACUGAUACUGAUAGUGACGAUGAGUAA